AUGCCAGGCGGAACGAUUGUUCGAGAAUUUCGCCCGAUUUUGCUGAGAAGAGCUAGGAUGCUCUUGUGCCGAGGCGUUGUCAGGUGGGCGGUUGGUCGGCCCGAUGAAAUUAUGUGCCGAGAUCGGCUCGUUCUGGUCCUCUGGUCGGCGGGGGCCGAUGAAUGUUUCGUGCUGCCGGGCUGUCAUGCUGCAGCUAGAUGGGAGAGAUCGGUUUUCGACUACCGAUUGAUGCCGAUCCGCUUUGCGUAG